UGAUCGGGGCUGUUCCUCCCAUCAUGCAGUGCGGUGUGUUGGUGUCGGUGGUGUGAUCGGUGGAUGUAGUGUUGGUGUCGGUUCUCUUCCCAUCAUGCAGUGCGGCGGCUCCUGACAAGUCGAUCCAAGAUGGCGUAGAAAGUAAUGACAGGAUUUCUGUCGCUGAGUCAUGGCAGACAGAAGAUUGGCCUUUCCCUGUGAACAAGCAUGUGACUCCUUUAGAAGACUGGAUUUUGAAUCUGCGGUGCAGCAUUGCACGGAUUGUCUCCUGUCCCUCAGUCAUUACAAGAGCACGCACCCCGCCAAGGCCAACUCCACCCACGUCAACCGCAUCAAGAUCGAGAGCCUGCUCUACAGAAUCGCUUCUUUCCUUCAGCUGAAAAAGUAUGACAAGGCCGACGAAGACUGUAAAUUGGUCCUCGGCGCCGGCCGGGCCCAGGUGGAUGCCUCCGUUCACGCUGUACUUUGCUGUUUGCACCUGGAAGGAAAGCUGCAGGUUGUGGCAAGUGUGUUGUCCAAAACGCUCAUCGGGGAACCUCUGAAUGGAAUGGUAACCAAGGAUCUCUCGCGGUUAAAAUCGUUACUAGCGGAGAUAGAGAAUGUCGGUUGCAUUGUCCGCAGCAGUUACCAGGGGGAGGAUCUGGAAGAUGGAACUCAGGACGGGUGGCAAUAUAGGCCACCACCACGGGGGGUUACCAGCAGCGAGGAGUACACUCUGUGUAAAAGGUUCCUGGAGCAGGGGAUAUGUCGGUACGGAGCGCAGUGUACAUCGGCGCACUCCCAGGAGGAGCUGGAGGAGUGGCAGAAGCGGUACGCCUCGCGGCUCAUCCGCCUCAAGCAGCAGAAGGAAAACACGCAAUGUUCGGGGAGCUACAUGGAGUCUCUGAUCGAAAAAUGGAUGAAUUCCUUGUCGCCAGAGAGAGUGCUCAGUGAAUGCGUGGAUGGAGUUCAUGUGGAGUACAGCCCAGAUCUGUCUGUCACUGUUACUACCAAAAAGUCACAGCAGACCUGGACCUUCCAGCUGACAUGUAAGCCUGCAAGAAUCCUUCACCGGGUAGCACUGCUGUACGAUGCACACAGACCUCAUUUCAGUAUCGUGGCAAUAUGCGCCGGAGACGGCAACACCCAGAUGUCCCAGGAGGUGCCGGAAAGCUGCCAGGAGUGGGUGGGCGAGAACCUGGCGCAGAACGGGACGGAUCAUUGCUUGUACCAAGUAGUCAUCAACUUCUCCACCGAAAUAUUUGGGACCUUCCGGCAAACCGUAGUGUUUGACUUCGGCGAGGAACCGGUGCUGAUGCAGAGGAUCAUGGUGGACGCCGCUUCAACUGAAGACCUUGAAUACUUGAUGCAAGCCCGGCAGCAGCUGCUAACGACGGCGAAACGCUGGGACUCCAUGUCCAAAACCAUCGUGGAGUAUGAGCCGAACGAAACUACUGAAAUUGAGAGGAGUCUCCUCAGCCGAUACCAAAUCCCGCUCUCCGCAGACCAAUUGUUUACCCAGUCUGUGCUGGACAAAUCCCUGACGAAGGCCAAUUACCAGUCCCGCCUGCACGACCUGCUUUAUAUCGAAGAGAUUGCACAGUACAAGGAAGUCAGCAAGUUCAACAUCAAAGUGGCGCUGCAGUUGGUGGCGAGCUUCAUGCUGACGGGCGUGUCCGGAGGGGCGAAAUAUGCCCAGAACGGGCAGCUGUUUGGGCGCUUUAAACUCACUGAGACACUUUCUGAAGACACUUUGGCCGGCAGGCUGGUGAUGACCAAAGUGAACGCGGUGUACGUGCUCCCCGUCUGCAAGGACAAAUCCCCGCAGACUCAGGGCAGCAAAGAGAGGGUCUUCGAGGCCCUCAUAGAAGAGAAAACCAAGGACUACAUCUUCCUUAGAAUAUGCAAGGACUGCUGCGACGAGCUGCGGCUUCGACCCGACCGGGAAAUGCAGGUGGAGCUGCAGUUCCAGCUGAAUAGGCAGCCAUUGUGUGAAAUGCACUACGCCUUGGAUCGAAUACGAGAUAACGGUAUUCUCUUCCCAGAAAUCAGCGCCACGCCCCCCAUACCGUGGAGCCCUAACAGGCAAUGGGAUGAACUGUUGGAUCCAAGACUGAACGCAAAGCAGAAGGAAGCCGUUUUGGCCAUCACUACACCCCUGUCUAUACAACUGCCACCCAUUUUAAUCAUCGGCCCCUAUGGAACAGGCAAGACCUUCACCCUGGCUCAGGCUGUGAAGCACAUUCUCAAACAGCAGGAGCACAGGGUUCUAAUUUGCACCCAUUCUAAUAGUGCUGCUGACCUCUACAUCAAGGAUUAUCUCCACCCAUACGUGGAAACAGGGAAUCCCCAGGCUAGGCCGCUCAGGGUAUAUUUCAGAAACCGCUGGGUGAAGACGGUGCACCCGGUGGUCCAUCAGUACUGUCUCAUCUCCAGUACACACGCCACCUUCCAGAUGCCACAGAAGGAAGACGUCUUGCGACACAGGGUGGUGGUGGUGACACUCAGCACCUCCCAGUACUUGUGCCAGCUGGAUCUGGAACCUGGUUUUUUUACACACAUCCUUUUAGAUGAAGCAGCACAAGCAAUGGAGUGUGAAACCAUCAUGCCUUUGGCUCUUGCCACCAAAACCACUCGUAUUGUCCUGGCGGGGGAUCAUAUGCAGCUCAGCCCCUUUGUCUACAGCGAGUUUGCCAGGGAGCGCAAUCUUCACGUGUCCUUAUUGGACCGCCUGUAUGAACAUUACCCCGCCGAGUUCCCGUGCCGCAUUCUGCUCUGUGAGAACUACCGCUCACAUGAAGCCAUCAUCAAUUACACAUCUGAUCUUUUCUACGAUGGAAAGUUGAUGGCCAGCGGCAAGCAGCCCGCCCACAAGGACUUCUAUCCACUCACCUUCUUCACUGCCCGAGGAGAGGACGUCCAGGAGAAGAACAGCACGGCUUUCUACAACAAUGCUGAGGUGUUUGAGGUGGUUGAACGCGUGGAGGAGUUGAGGCGGAAGUGGCCGGUGGCGUGGGGGAAGCUGGACGACGGCAGCAUUGGCGUGGUAACACCGUACGCCGAUCAGGUGUUCAGGAUCCGAGCUGAACUGCGCAAAAAACGCUUGUCAGAAGUCAGCGUGGAGAGAGUCCUGAAUGUCCAGGGGAAGCAGUUCCGAGUCUUAUUCCUGAGCACGGUGAGGACUCGGCACACCUGUAAACACAAGCAGACCCCCAUCAAACGCAAAGAGCAGCUGCUGGAGGAUUCCACCGAAGACCUAGACUACGGCUUCCUGUCCAACUACAAACUCCUCAACACCGCCAUCACUCGGGCGCAGUCCCUGGUGGCGGUAGUAGGAGACCCCAUUGCAUUGUGCUCCAUCGGAAGAUGCAGGAAGUUCUGGGAACAAUUCAUCACCAUUUGCCACGAGAACAGAAGUUUGCACGGGAUCACAUUUGAACAGAUCAAAGCCCAGCUUGAAGCCUUAGAGUUGAAGAAGACCUAUGUGCUGAACCCGCUGGCCCCGGAAUUCAUCCCGCGGGCGCUCAGACAGCAGCAUUCGGGCAACGCCGGCAAACAUCAGCAGUCCCCUCCUAAGGGCAAAGGUCAUCACAAUCAGAAUGAGCACUUUCAAGGCGAAGCGAUGGUUCAACCCAACCCAUCUGUGCUGAUUGGCAACCCUAUCCGAGCGUACACCCCUCCGAUGGGUCCACACACCAACAUGGGGAAAUCUCCGAGCCCCGUGCAGAGAAUAGAUCCUCACACCGGGACCAGCAUCCUCUACGUCCCGGCUGUCUACGGGGGGAAUAUGGUGAUGUCCGUUCCUUUACCUGUCCCAUGGCCGCCCAACUACCAGGGCCGCUUCUCGGUGGACCCGCGGCUGAUGACCCACCCAGCUAUGGCAUACAACAUGAACCUGCUUCAAGGCCAUGGCCGGGGUUCCCCCAUUCCCUUCGGUCUCGGCCAUCACUCGCCCGUCAAUGUCGGACAGCAGAUGCCGCACACAGACAAAGAUCAGCAUGAGCUCAACCGCAAUGGUAAAAAUGAGAACAGCCCGUCGUCUGAAAUGAAUAAGCUGCGAACUCCGGAGAAGAAGCCUUUGGAAUGUAAAGGGGGUGACUUGGACCCAAACGCACAAUCCAGGAGCCCCGAGUCUCGAGCCAAUCUUGGUUUCCCCAAUCCUAAAUUUCAUCGUAAAGAUAACCCCAACCAGAGGCCAGUCAACAUCCACCUGACACCUCCUCACCCGCAGUACCCCAUGCCCAAUCGCCCCUUCCAGCAUAUGUCUGCGAUGCCAAGGCAGCAGUUCCCUCUACAGCAGCAGCAGCAGAACCUCCUCCCGCAGCAGCAGAACCACCUAUCUGAGCUACAGAACCAAAUCCCUCCCCCUCCUUCCCCACAGGCCCCCGUCCUCCCCCAACACAACCAUUUAAUCCAGCAGCCUCCACAGCAGAACCCUCAGCUCUCCCCAGCCUUCCAACCCGGCCAGUCUUUCUUCAACACAGCCAUGCCGCACCGGCCACCUUCGCCCACUAUGGAUGGUAUGGUCCCUGAACAGCCGCCUCCUUCCAUGCUGCAGGACGUCAAUAACCCUCUUCGUUCCAUGACCCAAAACAACCCCAUGAUGUCCUCCCACAUCAACAGCUACAUGGAGGAAGCACAUCCACCUAUGGCAGCUGGUGAAGCAUUAGAUCGUAUACACAGCAAUGUGGCCCUGGAGACCCUGAGGCAGCAACAGUCGCGGAUCCAGCAGUGGAAUGAACACAAUGCCUUUCUGAGCCAAGCCAACCUGCCAUUCCCUCACCACCCCCACCACAUGCAGGCCAUGGGCCUGGCCCAUCAGCAGCUGGUCCGACCCAACUGGAAGAUACCCGGCGGGGGAGAAGAGGAGGCAGAGAUCACCUACUCCAGGUUUCAGGAGUUUCUGCGGGAGUUGUCACAGCAGGACCAAGGCGAUGGCAGAGACCUUCCGGAGAUGCCCCCUCCACAGUCUAGACUGUUACAGUACAGACAGGUCCAGCCACGGAGCCCACCAUCACUCGCCUCCCCUUCCUCCAACCACAGCGGUCAUUUCCCCACCUUCACCGACAACACCCGAGACAUGGACAUGACCAACAACCCCGCCUUCCCCCAACACAUGGCCAACGUCUACAACAGCCCCUACACCCUUCCUUCCGAUCACAUGACCCCCCCACCGCCUAUGAAAUACCUGCAGCACGACGGCUCCUGGGCCUACGCCAACCUACAGCAGAACCCCCUCAUGGGACAGGGUUUUCAUUACGGCCUUCCCACCUUACAGCAUAGACCACCACAGAACCCCUUCAUCCAUGUUCCCAACCAUCAGCCGCCAGCUGGACCAGAAGCAUUUCAGCCCCCUGCCCCCCGCGCAGUGUCCAACGCGUCGCUCCACAAUCUAGAAGAGUAUGAACCGCGAGGUCCCGGCAGGCCACUUUACCAAAGAAGAAUCUCGGUCGCUACGGUGCAUACAGGUCCUGAUGAAUUAGCCGCUUGUCCUGAAAAUCUCGGUAAAGAUCACCCGGACCCAAACAAACCAGCAUCAUACAGCUAUUCAUCUCCGGAGCUCUGGGUCAACGCUGCGUCCGCCUCCCCGUUCCAGAACAUUCCGUGCAACGGGGCCAACCGAUCCGGAACACCACGGGACAUGCGAGUUACUCAACAGAAAAUGGCGAAGCCUCCGGACGACCAUCACAAACCCGAGAACAUGCAGAUGUCCAACUCUUUCAACUACAACGUCUUGCAGCAUCUCGGCCAGUUCCCCCCCCUCAUGCCCAACAAACAGAUUGUAGAGCCCAACGGGGGCGGAGCUGCCCAGCAGAGUACGGGCGCCAGCAAACCCACCAUGUCCUACGCAAGUGCCCUCCGCGCUCCUCCCAAACCCAAACCCCCGCCAGAACAGGCAAAAAAGAAUAGCGACCCUUUGUCUUUAUUUCAGGAACUAAGCUUAGGCAGUUCAUCAGGUAGCAAUGGUUUCUAUUCCUAUUUUAAGUAGUUUUUUUUAUUUUAAUUUUGUUUUUUUUUGUUUUUUUUUCCCCCCUCUGCUUCACUUCUGUGUUCUUGUUUUAUACAGUUUUUUGUUUCCUGUUUUGUAGAAAGAACACAUUUUAGAUUUGAUUAAUAAGUAAAGGAGAAUACCAGGAAAUGUACAUUUUUAAGGUUUUAUUUUUUGGCUUUUUGUUUUGUUUUUUUAAUUUUAAAGUUGUUUGUGUUGUGUUUUUUUUUUUUUUUUUUUAUCACUUUGCAUAAAAAGUGUUUUUUGUACACCUCGGUGUAUAUGUCUACUGCUCUUGUGCCCUUGCAGCCAGCUACAGAAAAACGUAAAUUCUUUACAAGAGUUACACAACCUAUUAAAAGGUAUUUUAUUGUAUGCAUUAUGUAUUUUUUUUUUUUUUUUUUU